AAUUGUUUGUACAUAGGCAGGAGGGAGCUGUUGGAAAACCUAAAUGUGGUACACAUAAAUAUUCAAAGAAAGGGGGGGGGGAAAUCAUAUUAGAAUAUAAAGCUGCUACCUACAUUUCCAUAAGUUCAUUUUUUAUCUUGUGGGCACCAAUAAUUUAUUGCACACAUACCCAUGAUGAUGUGCAUAAUAUUGAUAUUGCAUAGACUUUUUACUAAAUAACAACUGAACUGAUAAUUAUCCCCAUUAUAAAAAGAUAUAAGACUCAAAAUAUCACCCUAUGUGGUGAUAACAUAUGUCAAAAUUAAAAUGUGAAAAUAAGAACAACCAAAUUAGAGAAUGUCUGAAUUUUUUUCUUUUUCUUUAAAUUGCCAAUUUUGUCAAGUUUGGCUGCUAAAGUUUGCCUAUUUAACCUCGCUGACUUUUCUGCAGCACAUUCAGAGUUUUGUGAACUACACAUGGAUGAUGAGGUACAACACUCCAGUCCACGAGUCUACCAACCAGCUCAUCUGGUCCUUCAUCGUGGCUGUUUUAAGUCUGGGAUGCUGGGCUGGGGUUGUUCACAGUGGAAGCCUUCCUGUUACUUAUGGCCGAAAGAAAGCCCUGCUGUUUAACAACAUGGUGGCAGUCAUCGCUGCAUUGCUCAUGGUCUUCAGUCGCACAGCAAAGUCUUUUGAGAUGAUCUUGCUGGGAAGAUUUCUCUAUGGAUAUAAUAUCGGUCUCGGCCUGAGCGUUCACCUCAUGUAUCUCGGUGAGAGCUCUCCAAAGAAACUCAGGGGUUUCUUGACUCUGACGAGCUCAAUCUUCAUUGGCUUGGGGAAGGUCGUGGGUCAGAUAAUUGGCAUCAAGGAGAUCAUGGGAACAGAUGAAAUGUGGCCAUAUCUCUUAGGUGUUAGUGGUAUUCCUGCAAUCCUGCAGUUUGUGAUGCUGCUUUUCUUCCCGAAGGCCCCUCGGUACCUUUACAUUGAUAAAGGAGACACUGAAAGGAGCAAAAAAGCUUUACAGUGGCUGUGGCAGGAGGACAACUUAAAGAUGGAGCUGAACGACAUGCAGUUGGAGCGGGAAAGGUCUCAGGGAGAAAAGGCUAAGACUGUAAAGGAUGUGCUCACCUCUAGCUGUGUGCGAUGGCAACUGUUGACUCUAGCCAUCCCCUGUGCUGGCGUUCAGUUUUGCGGCAUCAAUGCUCUGUACUUCUACGCCUUUGACAUCUUCCGUGAGUCUGGAGUGCCAGAGGACAAGAUGCAUUACUUGGCCAUUGGUAUUGGAGCAACAGAGCUCAUCGCUAUAAUGCUAUGUGAUCUGAAUUCAUGGAUCCCGUAUGUGAACAUCACUCUGAUCUUUUGUGUCAUUUGCAUUUAUGGGCUUGGGCCUUCUGGAGUGUCUAUGGUUCUCCCUGCUGACCUCUUCCUACAAGCCUGGCGUCCUUCUGCUUACGUGGUUAGUGGGACCAUCAACUGGCUCGGCAUGUUUGUUGUAGGGAUGCUGUUUGGCUAUAUAGUGGAUGGACUUGGCCAAUUCUGCUUCCUGAUUUUUGUGGCUUACUCACUUGGCAGUGCAGCAUUUGUUAUAUAUUUUGUCCCAGAGACCAAAGGAAAGACAAUGAUAGAGAUUAUGGAGGACUUCAACAGGCUGAAUUACAAGAACAGGACAGCUGAUACUGAAAAUACUGAUGUUGCUCUUGAAACUAAAUUUUAACUUUUUUUCCUCAUGUAAAUCACUUGUAAGUCGCCUUUAUGCAAACAAGUGCAGUUAUUGCUUUUAGCAAAAUUCUGAUA